AUGGAAGUCAAAUCAAUCAGGCUAAAUGUUUCAGAUCUUGAAAAAGAAGUAGCAUUUUUCACAAACUUUUUGGAUGUUAAGGAAAAAUCAAUUAUUGAUGGCAAAGCUACUCUCAGAUUUGAAAAUAGAAUUGAAUUAAUUUUAGUUUAUGUUGAAAAUAAAGGAAAGGAUGAAAGACCUAAUCAAAUGUUUUAUAAAGGUAUCCAUCAUAUUGCUUUUAGCGUAGGAAGUGAAUCAAAAGUUGACGAAAUUACAGCCAAAGUUAAAGCUAGUGGAUAUACAGUAAUUUCUGGCCCAAGAAGAACAGAUGAUGGCUAUUAUGAAAGUGCAUUUUAUGACGAUGAAAAGAAUCAAAUCGAGAUUACAGUUUAA